AUGGAGAACAGGCGCUGCUUCACCAACCGCUUCUCCGACUAUAAGGGCAACCUGGUCCCCGGCCAGAGGCGUGAGCUGGGGGCUCCGCUCAUCCUGCAAACGGUGGAGCGCAUCCUGGGAAAGCUGCCGGCACAGGGGGGACAGGAGGGCGGGCUGUACGGAGGGCUGGCCGGGGUGGCAUACAUGCUCUACCACGUCUCGCAGUGCCCGCUGUUGAGCCCUCACAGGGACAGCUACCUGCGCCGUGCAGCCUCCAUCAUCGAGUCGUGUGUUGCGUACUAUGAUCGCGAGCCCGACCGGGAGACCCGCGCGUCCUUCCUGCUGGGUGGCGCUGGGGUCUACGCGGUGGCCGCGAUGAUUUACAAGGCGCUGGGACUGACGGACUUCCCGCAGGUACUGGAGCGGUUCCGGGCGCUGUGCGACAUCUGUGCGCCUGUGGGAUUUUUGGAGUGCGGCUCUGACGAGCUGUUCGUGGGCAGGAGCGGGUACCUGUGCGCCGCGCUGGUCCUGAGGCAGAAGCUGGGCAUAGAGGUGUUAACGCCAGCACAGAUCAGGUUUAUCUGCCAUGCCAUCCUGGAAUCUGGAAAACAGUAUUCAAGCAAGAAGAGGAAACCAUUUCCACUUAUGUACUCCUACUAUGGGACAGAGUACCUAGGGGCAGCACAUGGACUGUCUUCUAUUCUGCAAAUACUACUGUCCUAUCAGGAUUACCUUCAACCAGCUGACCGGGACCUUGUUUGGCAAAGUGUCGACUUUCUUGUGAACCAGGAACAAAAUUGCAAUUGGCCGCCGGAACUCGGGGAAGUAAUAGAACGUGAAAACGAACUUGUCCACUGGUGUCAUGGAGCCCCAGGCAUCACCUAUCUUUUCGCAAAGGCAUAUUUACUGUCAAAAAAGCCAUGCUACCUGGACACUUGUAUUCGCUGUGGAGAGCUGACCUGGCAGAAAGGCCUGCUGAAGAAAGGACCUGGUAUCUGUCAUGGAGUUGCUGGCAGUGCCUAUGUGUUUCUAUUACUUUACAGACUUACAGGCAACUCCAAGUACAUCUAUAGAGCUCAGAGAUUUGCAGAAUUUCUGUCUUCAGAGGAGUUCAGAAUUGGAUCAUGCACUGUCGAAAGCAUAUACAGUCUCUAUGAAGGUUUGUCAGGGACAGUCUGUUUUCUGGUUGAUUUACUGCAGCCAAACCAGGCUGAGUUUCCACUUUUCAGUAUCUUUGUGUAA